AUUAUUGUUUGCAUUUAAAUUUGUAAUUCCAGGAGUUGAAAAAAAAUAUAUUUAAAUUGACAAAAAUGAGUAGUAAAUUUCCAGCUUUGUUGAAAACAAUGUUACCUAAUGGUACUUUCAAUGGAAAGGUUGCUUUUAUAACAGGUGGUGGUACUGGUUUAGGUAAAGGAAUGGCAAAAGUCUUGUCUCAACUUGGUGCUACUGUUGUUAUUGCAAGUAGAAAACUCCUAAUUUGUCAAAAUGCUGCUGAAGAAAUAUCUUCAUUGACUGGGAACAAGGUUUUACCAUUGGAGUUGGAUGUACGUAAACCUGAAAGUGUCAAAUUGGUUGUUGAUACAAUAGAAAAAGAACUAGGUCUUCCCACCAUAGUUAUAAAUAAUGCUGCUGGUAACUUUAUAUCUCCUUUUGAGCGACUUUCUGCAAAUGCUUUUCGAAAUAUUGUUGACAUAGUUUUGAAUGGUACUGCUAAUGUCACUUUAGAUGUUGGAAAAAGGUUAAUUAAAGCUCAGAAAGGUGGGGUCUUUCUUUCUAUAACAACUUGGUAUGCAGAUUUGGGAUCUGGAUAUGUUGUACCUUCUGCAUGUGCUAAAGCAGGUGUUGAUGCCAUGGUGAAGUCUUUAUCAUCUGAGUGGGGGAAAUAUGGAAUACGUUUAAAUGCAAUUGCACCUGGAUCAUUUCAAACAGAGGGAGCUUUUUCUAGACUUGAUCCAACAGGAAAAUUUAUGGAAGCUGCGAAAGAAAAGAUUAUUGUAAAAAGAUUUGGAGAAAUCGAGGAGCUUGCUAAUUUAGUUUCUUAUAUUGUUUCAGACUAUGCUAGUUUCAUGAAUGGGGAGAUUGUGUGUUUUGAUGGCGGGGAAAGAAGAAGUUAUUCUGGAAUGUUUAAUGAACUAAAUAAAAUACCUGAAGAUCAAUGGGAUCUAUUGGAGGGACUGAUUAGAUCUAAAAAUAAGUCAAAGCUUUAAAAAAUAUUUAACAUAUAUGUUAACAAAA